AUGCCCAGGUCCCCGUUUCCACCAACCCUCACAAUCCCACCGGAUCAGAAACCCUCCAAAUUCCACCAAAAAAUGUGUCUCUUCUGGACAGUGAAAUACCUCUGCAGCUGCAUCUACGACGAGUGGUACCAGCCGUGCCGAUCAAACGCCGACGACAGCGACCAACCCCGCCAGCAAAAGACCUGGUGCUACCAGCGCAACAUCCAAGAGAUCACGGAUGUCCUGACACUAUGUGAAGCGUGUUAUGCCAAAGUUGAUGCGCGCGUCCGCAGGGAUGGCCUUAAGAAGGUGCUGCAAAGCGCAGAGACUUUCCCGCUUGCGGGGCCGCUGGGGAUGCUGGCCGCGCUUGAGAAUGACGAGCGCGAGCAGUGGAAGGCGUUUGGGAGGGAGCGACGGGUGCUGUUGCUUGAGGGUGAGUGGUAUAUUCCUGGGACAGAGGGGCCGGUGGAUUCGAGGAGGUUGAAAUUAAAGCGUCCAAGGCCAAUGGUAAAGAAGAAGGAGGCGAAAAAGAAACUUGCUGAGUAG